ACAGCAGGGUGGCGCUGGAAGUAGAUUUCCAACCCAGAGUGCGAAUAAGGGGGCAGUUGGUAAUGGUGAGGAGGAGGUGGUGAGAAGUAGGUAUUGAAUCGGGUCAGGGAAGUUAAUUAUGAUAAUGAACCGGGACGCUAUGACUGGAGUGGGAGAGAGAGAGAGAGAGAGAGAGUGUCAGGGGGAGAACCGUGGUGUUCGAAGGUGAAUACACAAUGAAGCAGUCUGAGACGACGCUGACGAGGGGUAUGUGAGAGCGAGGACGCCGUCACCCGACGGAGACAGCCGAAGGGAAGGUGUUGGAGCCGGGAUCAGGAGGCCAGGGGUGGUGAUCAUGUGACAGGUGGCGUCUGUGGGCGCUAGUGGGCGUCAGGGGGCGCUGGGGGACGAACAACCAUGGCUAACACUGGGCCUCCUUCCUGCAGAUGGGCGCGCUGGGGACCCCGAGCAACUGUCAAGGCAAAAGCACGACCUGCAACAUCUGCGGCCACGCGUUCAAAUGGCCUUACCUGCUGGUGCGCCAUCAGCGGACGCACACCGGGGAGAAGCCCUUCCUGUGCCCCCACUGCCCCUACCGCGGCACCCGGCGCGAGUACCUCAACCGACACAUCCUCACGGACCACCCAGGGUUCCCGACGCAGCACCUGCCCCAGUGCUGAGGGGCGCGGGCGGACGAGCGGGGCAGGACCGUCUGGCCGCGCCCGCCGCAGCCGCAACCGCCGCCCCGCCGCAGCCUCCCCCCUACCCGCCGGGCGUCCCAGCAGGACCCCCUCACCCCGGCAAGCAGGGCGAGGACCAAGCCUACUCCUCCAGGAUGUCGCUCCCCGCCUCGCUCCCCGCCUCUUCCCUCAAGCAGGGGGAGAACGACAUCGUCUGCGGCGUCUGCGGGAAGCGCUUCAGCUUCCCUUCCCUGCUGAAGCGCCACAUGAGGAUCCACACGGGGGAGCGGCCCUUCCCCUGCCCCUACUGCAGCCACCGCGCCAACCAAAAGUCCAACCUCAUCAUGCACAUCAGGAGCAACCACGGAUACAACAUGGGCUCUCCGCCGCUGUAGGAUGGAACGAGGGGAGGGGGAGAAGGGGAAGAGAAGAAGAAGAGAAGGGAUGAGGGGG